AUCUGGUUUGUUGGUGCUGAAAUAGGAUUAUGCCUUGCCCUAUCGACCGGUGAGAGGAUGGCAUGAGGUCCAGACCACCCAAAUGGAAUGUGGACUCAUCGCUAUAAAAGGGGUGGCACACGAAAUUGAGUCGUCAGUGUGACAGACCGCGACAGCACACCGCAAGUCAGAUCCGCGCGAACACCGGCUAAUAGCCCAGCUUACGUCCCGAACGCCCCAGGGGACGGUACGCGAAGCCAGGGCCUGAUCACUGUUUCCGCCCGGCUCUACACUACACAACAACGAGCUCGUCCUCCGACUGCAACGGAAAGUUUCUUCGACGACGGGCGGCGAGAGUUGGACUUUACGACCGCCGUGGUCUUGAGAAACGUGCGGUGAAGCAUGAAGACGGUCGUGAGGAGCCUGGCGUGUCUGGUGACCGUGACGUUGGUGUUGUUGCUGCGGGCUGCCGCCGCCUCCACCCUGCCCAGUCCCACCCGCCACCCGGAGUACAGGUCAGUGCUAGACAGACUCAGGUACACCAUCUCCUCGUCUCUCGGCGACACGGACUCGUCCUUCGGCGCCGAGGAACUGCUCCAUCGGUUCCAGACUCUCGGGUUGAUUCGGCCGCCGGUCGGGAGGGGUCGGGACGGAGACGGGGCGUCAGACGACACCGUGGUUGAGGAAAAAAUCGUCGUGCGGGCCUCUGCUAUACACAGGAUUACAGACGAGGAAGAACAAGCUCUUGCUGACGAGGCAGGGACACAGACAGAGGAGACAACGCGCAUGCCUAAUGAUGAGUCAGAUAACCGUCUUCCAGGUGAUGAUGACGUCAUAAAAACGGCUCUGGGUCUCUUCUCUGAGGCGGAGCUGCCACAAGAAGUCGAGGGCUCCGCGCAUGCGUCGAGCGAACAUGAGCAAGUAAGUCCCGUGGAUGACCGCUACGAGAGAAAGCGAUUCAGAGGGAGAAAGUCACGCCGAAACCGGCGUCGGAAGAAACAUAACAAGAGAGACAAGGGGCAGAGAAGAUCGGAGAAGAAGUCUAUUAAAGUAAGAAUCGGACAGAGCGCCCUGUACGCUGUAGGCAGCGUCGUUCGACUGCCGCUCAGGAAGAGGGACUUACGCAAAGACUGGUGCAAGGCAGUGGCCUUCGACCAGGAGGUCUCGGCCCCAGGGUGCGAAACCAAACUGGUGAGAAAUAAGUUCUGUUACGGACAGUGCAGCUCCUUCCACAUCCCUCGCCAACAUCCGGGGCCUUUCGACUCCUGCGCCUCCUGCACGCCAACGCGCACGCGCAGCGAAAAAGUCGUCCUGAACUGCCAAGGGAACGAGACUAGGGUUCGAAAAGUGUCCAUAGUGGAGGAAUGCGCCUGUCGACCGUGUGGUGACAAAUACUUCUGAUUUACACGGAAUGACACAGUUUGACUAUCCUUGACUUUUUUUUGAAAAAUUACCUUUAAAAAUCCUGCCUAUCGACGUGAAGUACUAUUUCUGUAUUACAAGUACUUUCUAUUGUUUGUUUGUAUGUGUCCAAAAUACGUUUACGUUAUGGUUGUAUAUAUUUACACAAUUGAAUGAAGCUACUGUGAAUUCGAAUGGAAACAAUAUGUACAGAAUAUGAUGUAUCACCAGAACGCUUGUUUAUAUUAAACGCGACUCAUGUGGAAAUAUACUUAAUGCACAUGCAUCUAUACAUUGUAAUAAGGUUAUAAUAAGAAUGUAAGUUUUACGUUGAAUGAAUUAUGACUUCGUACUAUAUAAAAUGGCGACGGAGGUAUGGAUGCAUCAUGGGAAGAAAAUGUAAAUAAGCACAAUGACGUCAGAAUGAACAAAAUCGUAUAUGUAAAUUCUGUAGAAAUAUUGACACUGAUAUUUGAUAUGUCAAAGCUAAUAAUGUCUAACAAAAUAUAUCGAGGUUUAUCAAUUUAUUGAUCUUUUGUCAAAUGACAGAAUAUUGUUCG